AUGGCCCGCUUGAAUGACUUUGCGGCUCCUGUGGAGUCUGUCGACGCCUUGAAACGGCGAUUCGUGCGACAGAAUCGUGAGAUUAUGCGAGUCAACUCUAUGCAAUCAAUGCGCAUUCGAAGCUUGGAAUCCGAGGUUUCACAUCUCCUCAGUGAAAAUGUCUCGCUGCGUGGGCAAAUCAUCACUCUGACGCAAGAAAAUGAACGAUUGAAGGCCGCCAAAUUUCUCCAGAAUGGUGUCUAUGAGAUGAAGACGCGCUUAGAUACAAAAAUUGCAGAGCUGAACGGCCUUGUGUCAGAAUUGGGAGCACUUCCCCGCAAGGCUGGCAAGCUGCCCCAAGGAAAAUCAUUCGAUUCGGACCGUCCUAGGACAGAGGCGCCACCUCGAUUGAAUGAUCCGGAUUAUAGUGCAGAUGUUGACGACGGAAAGCUACCUGCCAUCAUGGAGGAUAAAUACUACCCUCGUCGGACCUUGGAGCCUCAAGAAGCCCACAGCAUCGUGGAAAGCGGUUCUUGUCUACCAGAUUCCCCCGGAGACCACCACCAUGAAGAGCAACGUCAUGAGAGUGAACAUUCUAUGUCCAGUUCGGAAGAAGCUACGCCUGAUUUGCAGGAAAUCCUUCCUGAAAAUCAGGCCGGUCACAGCGAACAGACAAACACCGAAACAUUCCUCCCGCCAACACUCGAAACACGGAGGAGGAAAAAGAAGAAGCCGGAGCUCACAGCCACCCCCGGAGAAGAUUUUGUGAGAACUGGACAUGCCACGUCGAACGAUGAAACGAAGAGCGCAAACCCUACCAAAUUAGGCUCCAAACGCAAAUUCAGCCUGGAUGAUGAUGCAGUUUUAUCCGAUCCAGCUCCCGAAGACGAUGAUUUUCAGUUCAACCGAUUGAGUCGCAGUCCAAAACAGUCAGAUCCCUUCGAGUUCAUAGGGCAUGAAUUCUCACCCAGUAAAACACCAGUGGGCGUGAAGCGAGGAUCUUCCAACUCCAACACUGCCAAGCGGAAGGUUCUUGAGCCAAAGAGCUCGAAUACCACAUUAGGCUCGCCCAAGAAGGCUCGCGCGGCUCCGCAGCCCGACAUCAAGCCUACGCUCCGAAUCGGAGGAAACGAGAACAUGCCUUCACCUCAGAAACCAAAAGAUCUCGAAAGCCACAAGGCCAAAUCCCUGUCCCAAAAUCCCCGAGUUCGCCAAGUCACCAUACUUCAAAAGCAAAAGCGCACUAGCCGAUCUAUUGAGACGGAGGAAACGACGCCAUGUCAGCUUAAGACAACGGCGCCCAGAGAUUCUCCCGUGGCAAAAUCGGGAGACAAUUUGCCCGGGGUUUCCGAUAUGAGUGGUGCGUCGCGUCCUUCGCGACGUCGUGGGACGGUGGUCAGCUAUGCCGAGCCGAACCUGCGAGACAAGAUGCGUCGACCAACAAAAGAAAUGGCCGAUGCUGUGACAGGGCGCCGGUCGUCUAGUUUCCAACUUGCCCGGGACAGCCUUGACCUACCAUUGAAUGAGCAUGAGUCUGCCGGGUCGGUCUUAUCGGACGUCGUUUCCAACAAUGGUACUUCUGAACAGGUACCAACGCAGGUAUCUCGCCGUAGGCGAAAGGUGUCUUCGACAAACAAAGACGAGGGUGUCUUCAAGUCUUCAAUGGACCAGGACGAUGAUUCAACGGUUUAUACAGAAGUACUCGGCUCACGACGACAGUCUCGACGCCAUUCAUCGAACCCUAAAAGUACCGUUGACUUGGAAGAUUCGCUGGAUUCAAACUCUCCGAGCAGUGCGCAAAUGGACAGCAGCUUUGAUAACGAUGAAGCCGCUGGCUGGAAGCAGCCUCCCACCAUCGAUGCUGGUCACCAACGGGAAACAAGAGUUGUAGCUAGGAGGAGGAGCAUGAUGAUUUGA